AUGGAGAGACUUAAACCUGCAUCGACGAGAUCAAAUUACGACGGAGGAAUGCCAAGAUACGCCAAGACUAAGCUUAUUUCUGAUCUUGUGUCUAAGUUUGAUUUCACGAGUUAUACACGACUUGCAAAAGAUGUUUCAUCUGGGCGGAUGAGUACUCUGCUGGCUGUUAGUGGCUGCCUCCGACUGACACAUGCCUGCCACCGUGCCGAAUUGCAGCCUUUGGUAACCACUUCCGCUCUAUUUAAGCCAGGUUUACAGCUCCAAUGUCUCCGUACGAGAUUCAUACCUCUUUCCCCCUUUCAAACGUCUGAAACAAUGCGCUCCUUUUUUUUGGCAUCGUCCAUCUUCACACUCGUUACUUUCAAGAAUAUCACAUGGGCCCGAGCUCAAUUCGUCGAUCCCGCAAUCUCCUGUACCCUUGCUUGUAUCGAAAGGCACUCAGCCAAUGGAUGCACACCUGGAGAAAGAACACCGCAGACUUGUCCCGGCUGGACGUCCACAACUGAUUCAUUUAGGUCCACUCCCGCCGCGAACUGGUACUGUAACACGACCUUGGUACCACACGACUGCGAGGACAACUAUAUAGUACAACAUCAUACUGUAGAGGAAAUAAGGUUCUGUCACAUGCUACUUGGAGAUUAUACAGCACCCACUCCGGAUCCAUCACAGGAUUCAACCACACCAAUGCAUGGGUCGAUACUGCUACCCAGUCCGGAGUGGGCAUCUGCAAUAAUGGAACCAAGGCAACAAACAAGCUUGACGCAGGUUUCACGUUCACCUUUAAAGGGUGGUUCCAUGUCUGUUCAGAUCGACGGCGCCCCCGCUUCUACUUUGAGCACCUCGAGUUCCGGCGCGGGUGCCGCAAGGGACCAAUGCGCCGCCUCACCAGUAUUUAGUAGUGCUCAAUUGGAGUCGACAACACAUCAAGUGAUCGUGAAGAACGGAUUGGCGGAAAGUGAGUCUGGCGCUGGGACCUUGGAGCUCAGCGCAAUAACGUGA